GUGCUGGGCUGCGGGAUCGCUGGAAGUCCUCGGCGGUGUUGGGGAAAGUGAGCUAUGGCAGCCACGAGUGCCCUUCCAGGCGUAUCUUUGCGAGAAGCCACCCAGCGAAGGUUGCGGAGGUUUUCAGAGCUUAGAGGCAAACCUGUGGCAGCUGGAGAAUUCUGGGACAUUGUUGCAAUAACAGCAGCUGAUGAUAAACAGGAACUUGCUUAUAAGCAACAACUGUCAGAAAAGCUGAAAAAAAAGGAGUUACCUCUUGGAGUUCAGUAUCAUGUUUUUGUUGAUCCUGCUGGAGCCAAAAUUGGAAAUGGAGGAUCGACACUUUGUGCCCUUCGAUGUUUGGAAAAGCUUUAUGGAGAUGAAUGGAAUUCUUUUACCAUCCUAUUAAUUCACUCUGGUGGCUACAGUCAACGCCUUCCAAAUGCAAGUGCUCUGGGGAAAAUUUUCACUGCUUUACCUUUUGGUAGCCCCAUUUAUCAGAUGUUGGAAUUAAAACUAGCCAUGUACAUUGAUUUCCCCUCACAUAUGAAUCCUGGGAUUCUGGUUACCUGUGCAGAUGAUAUUGAACUUUAUAGUAUUGGAGAAUCUGAGUAUAUUAGAUUUGACAAACCUGGCUUUACUGCUUUAGCUCAUCCUUCUAGUUUGACUGUAGGUACAACACAUGGAGUAUUUGUCUUAGAACCUUUUAACUAUUUAGAACAUAGAGACCUCGAGUACAGAAGCUGCCAUCGUUUCCUUCAUAAGCCCAGCAUAGAAAAGAUGUAUCAGUUUGAUGCUGUGUGUAGACGUAGAAACUUUUUUCAACAAAACUUUGCUGGGGGUGACAUACCCUCUCUUAAAUUAGACCCUGAGUAUGUCUACACAGACAGCCUAUUUUACAUGGAUCAUAAAACAGCGAAAAAGUUACUUGCUUUUUAUGAAAAAAUAGGUACACUGAACUGUGAAAUAGAUGCCUAUGGAGACUUUCUGCAGGCUUUGGGACCUGGAGCAACUGUGGAAUAUACCAGAAACACAUCAAAUGUUACUAAAGAAGAGUCAGAGCUGGUAGACAUGAGGCAGAGAAUAUUUCAUCUUCUUAGAGGAACAUCACUAAAUGUUGUUGUUCUUAAUAACUCCAAAUUUUAUCACAUUGGAACAACUGAAGAAUAUUUGUUUCAUUUUACUUCUGAUAGCAAUUUGAAGUCAGAGCUUGGCUUACAGUCCAUAGCUUUUAGCAUCUUUCCAGCAAUACCAGAAUGCUCUAGCAACAAAUCCUGUAUCAUUCAAAGUAUAUUGGAUUCAAGAAGUUCUGUGGCACCUGGCUCAGUUGUAGAGUAUUCCAGAUUGGGGCCUGAUGUUUCAGUGGGGGAAAAUUGCAUUAUUAGUGGUUCUUAUAUCAUAACAACAGCUGUCCUGUCUGCACAUUCUUUUGUGUGUUCCUUAAGCUUGAAGAUGAAUAGACACUUAAAGUAUUCAACUAUGGCAUGUGGAGUGCACGACAACUUGAAAAAGAAUGUUAAAACAUUGUCAGAUAUAAAGUUACUUCAAUUCUUUGGAAUCUGUUUCCUGUCAUGCUUAGACAUUUGGAAUCUCAAAGUUACAGAGGAACUGUUCUCUGGAAACAAGACAUGUUUGAGUUUGUGGAAUGCUCGUAUUUUCCCAGUUUGUUCUUCUUUGAGUGAUUCAGUUACAACAUCCCUAAAGAUGUUAAAUGCUGUACAGAACAAGUCAGCAUUCAGCCUGAAUAAAUAUAAGCUGUUGUCCAUUGAAGAAAUGCUUUUCUACAAAGAUGUGGAAGACAUGAUAACUUAUAGGGAGCAAAUUUUUCUAGAAAUUACUUUGAAUAGAAAACAGUCUGAUUUAGAGACAUCUUAAAUAUUGUAUACUCUGCCUUUCUUGAUUGAGCAAGAUUGCAGAUGCAGGAAUUUUCUGUAGACUUGUUUUUUAAUUGAAGUGAAUUAAUGAAAAUUAUAUUAACAUGCUUGCUGUAGCAUAAAAUUAAUAACAAAAAUAAACCAUUUUUAGAUGAAAGAAUAGCUUAAGGAUGUAAGUUCAGAAAAGUGAUUUUUUUUUAUAUUUAUCACUAUUUAAAUUUUUCUUUUAUAAAGAUGACUUGUGGAACAUUAUUUUGUUCACAAAAUACUAUAAUUGUUUUAAAGGUAAUUUUCUAAAUAUACCUUCAGAAUUUUUUUCAUCUUCUUUUGGGCUUUGGUUCCAAUGAAGUUCAAUGUGUUCAUUGGCAGUUCUCUCCUCAAGUGCAUUAGACCUAUUCUGAUGAACUAAUAUAAAUGUCAUACUGUAGGGUCUUCAAAACACUGUAGGAAUACUGUAGAAGUACUUUUUCAGAAACAAAUCCAUGGCUAACAGAGUCAAAUUAAAUGAAUGCUUAAAAUAUUGUGAUAGUCUUAAUUAAUAAAUAAGUAUUAAUAGAUACAAACCAUUCUGAAAUUGAUGAUAAAAAUCUAUGUGACUUAUCAGCAACCCUCAGUUAUGAUAUUUAUGUAUAUAUUUUUCAAGUUUCUUCCCAAGGAGUAAAUAAAGAUAUAUGGUAGCCAUUGUUCAGCAUUUACUGAUUUACUUGCAUAGAUUUCAGAGGAUGUUAUGUGUUUGUCACUCAUUAAAAGUUCAAUGCUGUAUUUCUAAUCUAAUUAAUCUAAGGUGUCAUCAGUUCUUAAGAAUCGCCAUUAUUUUAUGUUCCACUGAAAAAGAGAAACCACUACCAAUAAAAUAUGCAAUGCUUUUCUUGUUACUUGAAGUUUUUAUUUAUUGGAAAUCUUUUUUAAAACCACUUAAAUAUAGAUUUAUGUCAUUUAACCCUUUUGCAAAUACAUGUAGAGGAACAAAAAAGUGAAAUAUUAAGAUACAGUCAAGACUUUUCUGAAGCUUCACAUCUAGAGUCAAACUUUUCUAAACCAAUUUUCAACUCAAGAGUGGUUAAUAUCCAUGUGCUAUCUUCUAAUACCAUCUAGUACCAUCUUCUGUGCUAUCAAAGGUAUUGAUAAAACUUCAUAUUCUACAAGUGCCACCACCACACUGAUGCCUGGAUUUACCUUCAAGCUAUGGACACCAGAUACCUGUUCUGCAAGUGGAUGCUGAUGCUGUUAUUACUUUACAGAGUUGUUUCACUUUUACCUUAGUUAAUCACAUGUCUCUAGAAUGUAGUUCUAUUUAAAUCAGUGGGAGGUUUCUGACAAAUUGGUGGUCACCACGUUAAUCAUAUUCCUGCACAAUGUAUGAUUCUAGUUGCUUUGAAAUGUUAUCUGUUCCAAAGAACUUGGCAGUGUCUCUUUCCUUGAUAUGCAUCACUUGGUGUGUAGUACCACACAUGUAUCACCAGCAGUGUAUCUAACUCAACCAAUGUGAUAACCACAUGCAUGAAUAAGUAAUAAAUUGGACAUUUUCUCUUGA